AUGAUGUGUCCAGUACAAAAACUGUAUUGAAUAUAGCACAACUUCAAUCCCAGACGGGGUGAGUAACGGACGAAAAUUACAAAAAGUAGAGUGCUUACCAAGGCUGACGAGAGUGUGCUUGCCAGCCUGUUACAGGCGUUCAGAGAAUAGAGCGUGGCGGUGAGUGGGGAGCGAGUUAAAUUGUAUACCUGGAAAACGAGGGAGGGGGGGGAGGGGAGGAAGGGACGAGGGAGGACUACAGCUAGUUUUUUUUCUUAUUUGCGAAUAUUUCUUCCGCGCUUUACUGUCUGAACGCCUGGAACAGGCUACCAACUAACGUGAACUAUGUACGGAGAUUUAUGGUUGGAAACUAUUACAAAGAUAUCGCACGCAUUUCAUUAUCCACACAUCAGACACAUUUAAAGCUAAUACAAUUUCAUUGGAAAGUAAAAGGACUGAAAGCCAAGUCAGCAAGCUGACGCUGGGAUGACCCGAACUGGCCCGGGUGGAAACCAAACUGCUCCACUUUAUUAUUAAAUCGAGCAAUCAUACGAUAGAGCGAGACUAGCCUGCGGGUAGAUUCGACAUUAGCGAGGAAUAGUGCCGCCGAAGUGUUUCCCGAAUUCGCACAAGUGAGCCUGCUCGCAGGUUUACUAAGUUAGGUCUAACUAGGAAGUGAGGCUGUGGUUAUUUUUCUUGGCUCUUAAUAAAACUUUAUUUAUAUUUAACUGAUACUGUGGUUCAGCAAACAUGCGGUUGCCAUAUUUGUCCCACGAGUGCUUUUCUCAAGACAAAAGAAAUGCGGAGUAUUUUAAUCCGAUUCAGGCAUGCGUGACCUUCAGUCAAUUGUGGUAUUAGCUUUAUUCCAAAACAUCGUAUUAAGAGAAUGAAUUUUAAUUAGUUGGUAGCUUAGCACGGACAUUCGCUCAACAUCGUAAACAGGAGCGUCAUAAAUUGAGCAAAUGAUAUGAACAAACACUAGGAACCUGUAUGGUAUACGCUAUAACCUUUCAGAUUACAUCAACAGGAUGUACCUCUUCUAUGAUGACUAUGAUUUAUGAACUCAGUGAUUGCUUACUACGUUGUCAGGUUUCAUAAUGAAGUGAUUUCAAGCUGACAGUAUGCCAUACAGAGAAUGCUUUCAACGUUCAACUCUUCCAAAACUGAUUGACGAUCACCGUUCUUCUGGAAAACACAAAGACUGGAGCCAGGCAUCGUCACAAGUUAAUGCAAGAGAAAGGCUUCGGUUUCAAAGUUAUGCAGACAAACUCUCAGGCGGGAUUCAAUAUUGGCAUAAACAUAAACAGAAGUCGAUUAAGCCAAGAGCGUGGAAUUCUACAAGGAGUAACAAAAGCCAGCCUCCAGGCUUGUCUCAAAAUUCAAAGUGCGCUAAAUGCGGUGGAUUGCUCUCCGAACAAAUCAGUGUUCGACCUCAAGUUAAGGAGCGUCGCUCGUGCGGUUUUGGAAAGGAAUACUGCGAUGUCAUAGGUCCGUGUGCCGAUUGCUGCUUAGCAGAGCAACGGAAUGCCAUAGCUGACAAACAGACGGUUGAGUUCCCAGGUUUGGAGGUUACACCACGAAGACUAGUUGCACCAGCUUUAGUGCAGGUUAUGAUGGCAAACAAAGGCGAUAACGUGUCUGAACUCGAGCACAGUCAUCAAAGCAAAAGUAGUGUGUUAGAGCUUCCACCGAUUUCCUUUGAUACGGUUAGAUAUAUGAGGAGAGAGGCAGGAAGCAGCAAACACAAAAGAAAGAGCUUUAUGGAGGACCAUCAAAAACAGACUUUAAAAAAAUACAUCGAAAUUCGUUUACCAAAAAUUUAAGGCCUUAUGAAUGUGAAAUGUAAUGAAAUACGAAGGACAAAAUGAGUAAAGACCGAGUUAAGGACGAACUGGUGAAAAUAUUCAAGACUUCGCUGACUUCAGAGGUAGUGCAUGGUUUUAUUACUACAGUUCUGUUUCGUGUGGCCAAAAGAUGACCGCACUCA